AGAGAGAGAGAGAAACCUACGCAAACACACACCAAAGAAAGACUUCCGGGAGCUUUGGACCCUGUUUCCCCCACAACACCCACAGUCAUCCCAGAUAUUCACAAAAACUUGCGCACAUACGUUCUGCACGCACACCAUGUCGAAAAUGACGGGAAACGGUUCGCCAGCGCGGAUCUUUUGGGUGUGGACGAUACUGACAUUUAUGCUGGCUGAUUGGUUUGGCCUCGACGGAACCGUCCCAUUUGGACGGGUCGCGGCUCGUGAGAUCGUCGCUACCCGGGAAUGGACUCUUCUCAGGGAGAACGACACAGUCGCCGCCGGGAUGCACGUGCGCAUGGACUUGUCGACGGGCGAAAAAUGGGUCAAACUCCCCGACGAGGACGACAACGACGAGAACAACGCCGCUGCCGCCGUCGAGAUCCAACCCAACGACGGAGCGGAGGUCUCGUUCACGGCGCAACACCAAACGUCACCGACUGAUCCGCAAGCGGAGCAGCAGUCAAUCCACGCGUACGACUUUGUCAAAAUGCACGAGACACUGACGAGUCUUCCGGAAGACGAGCAAGCACGCAUGGGUGGGAUCCCGGCUUUGCCUGGUUCCACCCUUUCGUCCCUCACUCCGGAACAACGAGAAGCUUUCGCCACGCGCAUGGCACAACUGUGGGAAGAGCGACAAGCUGAGCUCCGGGAAUUCCAGGCCGAGUUCGAGGCGGAUUUACCAGCCAUUCUCCGUACCCGGAUUGCCCAACUCCAAGACUACCUGCGCGAUCCAAGCGCGGACGCCCUCGAUCCGUCCCAGUCGAUCAUAGUGUCCGUUUUGCGCGAUUUGGAAGACCAACUCGUCGACUUGGAUAUGGCCCGUGAUUUUCACACACUCGGCGGUUGGCCUGUACUAGUCGCCCUCGUCACGGACGACGCGCACCAACCGCCAUUCUGGCAACAAAGCCCGAAUCAAACCGACACGUCGACCGAGACUGCCUCGCACGUUCGCUCUAUCCAAGCGCACGCGGCCUGGGUUUUGGGCACCGCGGUCAAGAACACCGGGGAAUUCGCACCCUGGGCGCUUGAGGAACUGACGCUCGGCAACGAAUCGUCUAUCGCAAGGCAGACGAUAGCCACCACCAGUACUCUACGUGUCGUAUUGGAUCAGUUCUUGGCAUCGACGCUUCCACAAGAAACCUCGCCUGCUUUGGAACAGUUGCAGGUCAAAACGUUGUACGCCCUAGGUUCCUUGCUACGGGGGAACGCCUUGGCGCAGGCCCGUUUCCUACGCGAUUACCAUGGACCAGACCAAUUGGCCUCGCGGGUAAACACGCUCCUGGCGACGGGGGACGUUCGCGGCGUCUCCCGGCAUACCACCAAACUGACGAAUCGUCUUAUGGCGCUGGCUACGGAUCUACUGGCCGAGGCCAACGCCGUCACCAGCCAGCCGGAGCAUGCAUCAGCAGAGCCGCAAUCGAAGCAACGGUUUCUGUCGGACGAGUUGAUAACCAGUUUCACCACGCAACCCUGGUGUUCGUCGCUACUGACGGCGUUGGAGCAACCUCCAUUGCAAGAGACAGCGCUCACGGUCGUUGUGGCGCUUGCGGCCCACUGCGAUUGGGACGAUUUAAGAUUAGUGGAGGAGGUUCUCGUCGACAUUCGCGCUAAGUGCCAUGGAAAGGAUACGGGCGACAAUGCUAGUCCAGAAGACAGUUUCCACGAAGAGCGAGCGAGUUUGGCCUCAGAAGCGCUCCAGCUUUUACGGGCACGACAGUGA